AUGAUUCGAAUCAUGGAUAAAUUUGCAGCAGAUUUUGGGCUGCAGCUGAUCGCCGCAAACCGGAUCAUAUCUGCUCUGGAUGCUGGCUUGAUACUCAAAUAUUCCUUGACAAUUUCAUUUAUCUAUGCCAUCGGACGAGGCACUUAUCUGUCAUUCUUGCACCCUUUGGCAAAUUUUCCUGGACCAAAGCUUGCCGCCGUGUCAAAUGUGUGGUUUACUGGCAGGUACCCGUGGGCCCUUGAGGCCGCGUUUGAGAAAUACGGAGAUGUUGUUCGUGUCUCUCCAAACGAGCUGGCCUUUAUGACCCCAAAUGCAGCAAAGGUUAAAUCAUCCACCUUUCUAUCUACGUUUGGGAAGGUCGGACUUUGGGGCACCACCAAUCAAGUCACUAGACGAUUUCGCAUGCUUCGACCCUUCGUUUGGUUCCUGAUUCCGCUGUCUGUGGUUCUCACUGUACCUACCCUUCUCCGUCUGAAUAGACAAGAGAUUCGUCGUCGGAUGUCGCAGCGAGACGAGAUCAAACAUCCUGAUUACGUUGAGCAGCUGCUUCCCAAAGAUGGCAAGCCAGAUCCCACCGAGGACUGGAUCAUCGCCCAGGCAAAUGUAUUCAUCGUGGCUGGAUUCGACCCCAUGACGAAUUUAAUCUCUUCUGCGCUGUACUAUCUCCUGACAAAUAAAGAUCAAUAUGGCCAUGCUCAGAAAGAGAUCAGAGAAGAAUUCGCCGAGUAUGAUGAUAUCACGGGUGACCGACUCCAGAAAAUGAAGUACCUUCAAGCAGUCAUCGACGAGUCUUUGCGCCUUCACACCAACGCAGCAUUUGGACUCCCCCGUGUGAGUCCCGGAUACGAGGUGGAUGGCAACUUUGUCCCUCCUGGGAGCACCACGUAA